UAUUUUUGGUUUAUCAGCAUCAUUCAGGAUGAUGCGUUUCUUGUCUUCCUCCUUAGCUCUCUUCUUUUCUUUGGGCCUCUCCUUGUUGCAAACCGCACGGGGGGACGCCAUACAAGCAGGUCUGUGUCUUACGGCUCCUGUCAACCACCAGAUCAGGGUCUUCGCCGAACAUGAUGCAGGUGAGUUAAGCGCAACACCAGAUGCGCACAUCACAGUGAUUGUUAAUUUGAUCAACCGCUACGAAUUCCCUGCCACCGGCUAUGUUAAUGGUGUGGGUGUCAAUAAUCUCCCAGGGUGUCUUGGUAACUGGGAAGCAGUGGGAUCCUGCAGCAACGCCAACACUGCCAACAAUUGGGUAUACUUCGACGUGGACUUUGGCGAUUUCUGUGGGGAGACCGCUUGGCUUAACCCUGAUGGACCAGAGCAAGAUCCCCUCAAGGAAGGCUGCAGCGACGUGUACGACUUUAUCAGUGGCUUCGUGACCUUUGGUGAAUGCUAUGACACUCCUGAACCAACCCCAGGUCCCACACCAGCUCCUACCCCGGUCCCCACCGGCACGCCUGAUCCAACUCCUGGCCCGGUUGCAGGUCCAACUCCUGGUCCAGUUGCAGUACCAACUCCACCUCCCAGUCUUCGUCCGACGCCAAAUCCGACACCAUUUCCAACACCUGCUCCAACUAGAACUUCUUCUCCGCCCAUACCAACCUGCUUUUCGGGCGAAUCCAUCGUCCAUGUGAAGCGUAAGGGACCUGUGUUCAUGAAAGAUCUACACGUUGGUGAUGAAGUCCUCCGGGGUCACCCGCAGCAUGCCGGAAAGAUCAGUUCUGCUGCUGCUGCUAGAUUUCAAAGUGUCUAUGCGUUUGGCCAUCAUCAUGCCAAUUUGACAACCACCUAUCUGCAGGUGCACGCGAGGGCUCCGGAACACAACCGUGUGGGCCCUCUCGAACUGACUCACGAUCACAUUGUAUUUGUAGUUCUUCCAGACGGAGAGAUCCGCCCCCAACGAGCCGACUCUCUCCAACCAGGUGACUUUCUGUGGCAUUACAACACGGCAACGCAUGACGGCCAAGUAGCGGUUGUGACCGCUAUGCAGACGAUUGAAAAAGUUGGUGCCUACAUGCCCCUGACGAGCGAUGGCAGCAUUGUGGUGAAUGGAAUCCUGGCAUCCAACUAUGUUUCCAUCGAGGAGACUGCCCCCACCAUUGCCAAAUACGCCAAGCGUAUUUUGGGAUCUGAGCAUGCCCUGAGCCACAUGUGGUUGUCACCACUUCGACUUUGGUGUACACACGUUUCGUCGUGUAGGAGUGACGACGAAGAGAUUAUUCCUUGGCUGCUCUGGGGCAAGCGUUUUGCGGAAGAUCACAACGAGAGUAGCCUUUUCGUCCAGUUUGUUUUGGGGACCGUCGUAGUGGCAACAUUCCUUUGCAUGUGUGUGAUUGAGUGGAUGUUGGAACCAGGCGGGCUCUUCGGUGGCGUUUGGAUUGGUUACAGCACGCUUUUGCUUGGAUGUUUCCUCGGCUACUCUUACUAUCAGCAACUCAGAAUGACAAACAACUCGAAAUUGAAGAUCUCAUGACUAAAACCUGGCUGCUGCCUUCCGGAGGAUGGUACGAUGUACGCUGUAAGGAGACGCCCGAAGUUUUGCCUCGGAGCAUCAAUAAAGCAAAAAUCAACACCUGCAAGCAAGCGUAUCAUGCACCAGGUCAAGCACCCAAACCCCAAAGAACCAAACAAUAACUCAUAACUCCACCUGUACAUGUACCUCACCCUACGGUAGUAGCUUAUAACCAUUUAACAAUUCACGGUGGUGUAACAACGGAGGGGUCAUCUUAC